AUGGACAUUGCUGACUACUUUUCAGUCGAAGCCAUCCUCGCCGACAACCAGAAAGUCCAAUGCACUUUUAAACAUGAAAUAAAGAACAUGGGCCACCUCGGCGGAGGCUCAGAACGCGAUAUACCCGUUCUAAGCAAGAUGCAGUUGCCAAUCUGGCUUGCUUAUAUCCUCAUAUAUUCGUUGGUCCCUUCCAUGCCAGUCUCUGCCACUACUAACAAACCCAUCAAAAGGGACUGGGCAGACUUCAACAUACCCGCACCAUAUACAACCAGAGUACGAAACGCGCUCAAGGCCGAAGCUUGUAGCGUCCGGUUAUCGAGCCUCGUAGGCGCAGGUGGAUCAUGGUACGGUUUUGGAAAGAUUAUCUUGGAUAUGCUAAGCGACGAACAGGCCAACGAAAUGUCCGAAAUGUUAACAAAAGUCACUCAUUUUGUAUCCACGCUACAAGUGGCACUGACGGGCAACACCCCUCAGACGUUCAAGGCCCGCCUCGUCGAAGCCAUCGACCAGGCACAACACUUUGCCGCCCUGGGUCAAGGAGGAGGAGCCGGUUCUGGUGAUGCCGCACAAUCUUUUCGUGAGGGUCUGGAUACGACCGAGCGAGAAUUAUUCGCCUUGGCUCAGGAAAGUGCAAAGAGGACAAAGCGGUGGUACGAUGAUAGCGAUAAAGCGAGGCGGUGA